UUAAAUAUUUAAUAAUAUUUUUAUCAUGUCAUAAACAAAGUUUACCAGAACAAAAGUGUCUGAGGUGGUACAGUCAACAUCUGCACCCCACCCAGCUGUUAGAAAAAUGUUUGGUGUUCAUCAAAGUAAAUUAAGUCCCUAAAAUCAGCAGUUACAAUUUCUGGUUGGCAAUUAAAUUACAGUUAAAUUGGUGAAAUGUUUUGCUAGGAAAAGGUUUUCAAUAUCUGCUCUUUCCUUUUGUUUUCAGAAUAUGAAUGAAGCUUCUUCCUUGCUCAGUGCCACCUGUGACACAUUUAUCACUACACUUGAAGAAUGUGUGAAAAUAGCAAAUGCCAAAUUUAAGCCGGAGAUGUUUCCAUUGCCUCAUCCUGAUCCUUUAGUUUCUCCUGUGUCUCCUUCACCUGUGCAAAUGAUGAAACGUUCUGUUAGCCAUCCUGGAACUUGUACCCUUGAGAGGAGCAGUCGCUUUGGAAAAGAACCAAAUGUGUCUUCCCAUCAGCUUUCCCACCGGUGGAGAAGAACAGUCUCAGAUACAGAACCUUCCAUAGAUGUUCCCUUUGAAGAUACAGACAGACUAGCAACAUUCAAUUCUAGAGGAGCCCUCAAUGGAAAUUUGGCACCGUUGGCUGUUCCUGAAGCAAAGCUGUUGCUGUCUCAGAAACCCAGAGUGCCCGAAGAGACUUUUUCUGAGCCAAUCUCCUGAGGAAAGAGAAGGCCCCACUUCCUCUGAGUAAUGCUAUGCAAAAGCUGCUGUAAUUCUGUUCUCAUCGUGAGGGAGUAGUGAUUCCCUAUGUGAAGGUUUUCUCUGCACUUUAUAGAAUAAUGUAAAAACUAUCUUUGAAGUGUAUUUUAUCUUUAUAUAGUUGACUUGCAAAAGUAUUUUCCUAAAAAGAACAUUUCAGUUUGGGUAUUUUUUAAUAGAUAGGUGGAUGCAUCUUUGUAAAUACUGCUCUUCUUUUUACUGGGUGUGAUAGUCAGGCCAACCUUGAGAAACAGGCUUCAGAUCUGGAUUAGGGAAAACCUGUGCCCUAGUCUGAGCCGCUGAAUUUAAUCCCAGAGUUGCUUUACCAAGAAAGGUAUUCCUCUGGGUACAGUCUCUUUCCCACCAACAUCAGUGGCAGUCCAUCAUAUUGUAAUAGCACCUUUAUUUCAGGACAGAUUUGUGAUGGAGUUUGUUAAAAGACUGAGAUGACUCGUAAAAGGUAUCUCAUAAGUGAUCUUUCAUCCACAACUUUGUCUUUUUUUUUCAAAAAAAGGUACAGUCUAGAUUUUUAACGUAUAUCUGAAAUUCCAUUGAGUAAGGUAGAAUGUCAAUGAAUCAGAAGAAUAUUUCAACCAAAAUUAAACACUUCAAAGUCACAACAAUGCUAUCAAGUGAAACGGAUAUGCAGUGAAGUCAGUGAGAUUUUAUAGUGCUUAAAUUGAGUUAGAGCGUACCUGAUCAAUUAAAUCCCAACCUAAUAGCUGAAAGCAUCUGCAUUUUUUUGUUUGACUUGCACCCAAAAAUAUAGCCAAUCAGAAAUAUGUCAUGGAGUAUGCAGUAUUUUUUUAAGCACGCAUAUAUAAUUAUGAGGCAUUAUGCUAUAUGGUUAAAGAUAUUUUAACAAUUUAAAAGAGAUGUAUUCAUUUUGCACCAUAAAAUGCCUAUUUAAUGUUACUGCGAUGAAAAGAAAACAGGCUUAAUUCUUGUUGAGAUUUUUCUCCCUAAAUAUGCCUUGUGGCAGUGUUUGCUUGUUUGUUUUUUCAGGUUAAUUGGGCAGAAUCCAUCCAGGGUUGGGAGCUUACAACCUAAAGUAGAGGCAUAUUUUAAUCUUCUUGUGUUAAACAAUGCUUCCUUUGCCUGGACUGACAAACCCUUUCCCCCCAUCCCCACACUUUUCUUUUUUUAGUGCUAGGCCGAACUAAUCUUCAGAAUGUCUUUUCACCAAAGUUUUUUUUUUUAAUUUAAUCCUGCUUUAUAAAGUCUGCUCUUCAGCUGUUGUAAUGUAUUCGUGUUUGCAGAAGAACCUGUAUGUUAAUGAUACCAAAGGGAGGGUGGCUUCCACCAUAGUGGGCCCUAGUCUCAGAAAAGCAGAAAAAUACAGUAAGAUCCUCUCUUCUAUUCACUCCCUGCUACCUGCCUCUGUUGAUGCUGGGAGGCCAAAUUCUAACUAAGCAUGUCGCAGCUCUCUAUGGCAGGGGUUCCCAACCUUGCCAACUUUAAGACUUGAAGACUUCAACUCCCAGAAUUCCUCAGCCAACUGAGGCGAAGUCCACAAAUCUUAAAGUUGCCAAGGCUGGGGACCCCUGAUAGAUGGUACAUCAUGGGCUUGGUUGGCCUGAAAGCACUCUGGUGAUUCCACUCUGUUUCUGCCAGAGCAAAGAGGAAAUAGGACUUGAAGUUCAGCAACGUUUGCACAGACAUGUCUGAGGGGUUGUGUCCAAAGUUGUUAAGUGUUUUCAAAUGUAUAUUUUUGUUUUUUAUUCACUUUGGAAUAGAUUUAGUUAAUAAUGUAUUGACCAUGGUGCACUUUUUAAAAAAAAUAAAAAUGCCUUUUUUUUUUAAAAAAAUGUAAGUGUUCAAUAAAUGCAGUUUUUACACAG